AUGUUUCUAUCAACAUGGCGGCGCGCUCGGCGCGAUGCCUCAAGUCAAACCACCUCUCAGCCACCAUUCCCCUACCGGCAGAUGAGCAUCCUAUCGCUGUGUCGACUAUGCGAGCCUGUAGCAUUCAUGUCUGUCUUUCCCUACAGCCAUUCCAUGAUGCAGUCAUUCGGAUUUGAGACAGAGAAGGAAAUCGUCUUCUAUGCCGGAAUGGUCACGUCCGCUUUUGCCUUUGCUGAAUUCUCGACCGGAAUGUACUGGGGCCAAAAGAGCGAUCGUGUCGGACGUAAGCCUGUACUCUUGACAGGCAUGUUUGGGACUGGAUUUAGCAUGCUCGCCUUUGGAUUCGCUCCAAAUCUUUGGUUUGCGUUGUUUGCGCGCGCGAUUGGUGGCUGUCUAAACGGGAACAUGGGCGUAAUUCAAACUACUGUCGCGGAGAUCGUCACAGUCGAGAGUCAUCGUCCUUUUGCAUAUAGCAUCAUCCCAUUCAUAUGGGCAAUUGGUUCUGUAAUCGGAGCCUACUUGGGUGGAACCUUAUCGAAUCCCGUGAAGGCAUACCCAGAACUAUUCUCAGCCGGCAGCUUCUGGGCGAGAUCAUUCGAGAAGUUCCCAUACCUUCUACCCAAUCUUGUUUGUGUCCUUGUGGUAUUCACAGGGCUCAUUAUCGGCAUCUUGUUUCUUGAAGAGACACACGAAGUCAAGAAGCAACAGCCUGACCUAGGAUGUCAAAUAGGGCGAUCUAUCUUGCGCUGUUUCCCCUGGUGUGCUGCUCAGACCCCGGAUGCGUAUGAGGCAGCGUAUGACGAAAAGGGUAGUAUGACCGAUGGAAACAGUGCGUUACUCCCACCCCGUCCCUGGCUCGACACUUACGGUACCAACACAGCCCUGGCGGAUGAUGCCGGCCUUGUAAUAGCUGAGAAGCUGGAGGAAGAGGCCACAUCAAUCGCCCUACGCAGGGUCUUUACCCCCCAGAUCCUUUCUAUAGUCUGUGCUACGGGCCUUCUAGCUUUCCAUACGAUUGCCUUCGAGCAGCAGCUUCCCCUGCUCAUGGCUGCCCCUCGCUCGACAACAAUUCCACAACUACCUUUCAAGUUCCAGGCUGGCCUGGAUAUGUCCGAUAAGACAAUUGGUGGGAUCCUUUCCACGCAGGGCUGGCUUCAAAUGAUUGCUCAACUCGGCCUGUUCCCGUUCGUCAACCGGUGUCUCGGCAAUUUGGUAACAUUUCGACUCGUGGUUUUCGCAUACCCAAUCCUCUACUUCUUGAUUCCUUACCUGGCACUCUUACCCACCUCGGUUCAGGUUCCAAUAAUGUAUCCAGUCCUGGCGUGGAAAGUAGUUGCCCAGUCAUUCAGCUAUCCUUCUGCUGCAAUGAUGCUACAGAAGCUGGCCCCUAACAAGAAUCGAGGAUCUAUCAACGGUGUGGCUACGUCGUCACAAAGUAUCUGUAGAGGCUUUGGGCCGCUCAUCUCGGGAGCCAUACAGUCUCUUGGAACUUCGCACGGCUACUCAGGAGUUGUGUGGUGGUUCUGUGCGCUUAUAUCUCUCAUCGCAGCGCUCGAAUCGCUCUUCAUGUCGGGUGAUAAGGAAGCACCGGUGAAGGACGUCGAGAACGCGCUGCUAAAACACCCAUCACUGCUUGAAGACGUCGACAGCGAUUGCGAGACCACUAUAGGAGACGAAAGCGAUUCUGAAGACGAGGGAACGCUUUGUAGCUCCCCUCGCCCCGAGUCAUUUGAUGGCUCUUUUACUCUCAAUGGAGCUAGCGAUACCAUGGCUUUACUGCCCAAGCGGCAUUAA